AGUGCGGGGGCCCUGCGAGGGGCGGCGACAGGGACGGAGGAGGCAGACGGUGGGGAGGGGACCGAAGGCACGGGAACGCGGGAGGGGCAGCAGCGUGGUCCACUGCCUGGGACAAGCUGAGCUAGAAGUGCGAGAAAGAGAGCGUCGGCGUGACCAGCGAGUAACUAAGAGACUGACACCAGAAAGGGGAUCUGUAGGGGACAGAGACGGCGACAGGGAGGACGGGUGUGGGGAAUAGAGUUCUGCACCAGGAAGAAAGGCGGGACGUGGAGCAGAGAACAGCAGGCUUGAGGAUCGCUGUGCCCUGCUAACAGGUAGUUCGUCUACCUUGUAACAGUAGUUCUAGCAGUCCCUAACCCUCGGUUCCCAGUUACCAGGACCAGCCCCCAGGCCAGCCUAGCCUAGCAAAAUGAUGACCCCAGAAUCAGGAAGCUGAGAGAGGUCAGCGAAGGGAGGCCGCCCACCUGGCGCUUCACCCGGAGUUUCACUUCCGUCCCUGUCCAGUGACAGGAACGCGUCCACUAGCGCCUCCGUCAGCCUCUUUCCGCCAUCUGCUGGCAGCAAGACAGAAAGACAGGAGCAGGUGCCCGGGAAAGAAGGCCCCUGUCGGUUUUGUUUGACCACCACCUGCCCCUAUGCCAGAUCAGCUUGCGGGAGCCACCCAUUCUGCCUCGGUGGUGCCUUAAUCUUUCUCUACUACCUCUUCCUGGCCAGGGUUGGUCCAGCCCUCUCCAGGCGGGGUCUGAGUCACUCCCCAGGCAGGAGAACUGGAAAGGGCUGUGCAAGCCCACAGUCACAAGGGACAUACCCAGGCUGCAGAACCCUGCUGCCCACACCCAAACCGGGCAGGCUUUUCCCAGAUGAGGAAACCGGGGCAUGGGAAAGAGUGAACAGUUGGAAGACAACUCCCUUCCCAUCUAUAUACAUAAGGAAAGUGGGCAGCUGAACCCAGAGCAUCUCAGGGAACCACAUCACUCCCUAGUUUACAUGGCAGAAGAGGAGACCAUCCUACAGAUCACCAGGAACCUGAAAAAUGCUGUCUCCGCCAUCCUCCAGGGAUACGGGGAUGGGCAGGGGCCUGUGUCAGACACCAGCGCUGAGCUACACAGACUCUGUGGCUGUCUGGAGCUACUACUGCAGUUUGACCAGAAAGAGCAGAGGAGCUUCCUGGGGGCUCGGAAGGAUUACUGGGAUUUCCUCUUCACUGCCCUGCGACGACAGCGGGGAUGCAUGGAGCAGAUCAGCUUCGUAUGCUCACAGAGCAAGCUGAAGACCUCUCUGGGAAAGGGUCGCGCCUUUAUCCGGCUCUGCCUUGCCUGUGGACAGCUGGCCGAGUCAGUGCAGUUGUGCCUCCUGAGCCCAGAUCUCACUAGGGAAUGGUAUGGUCCCCGGAGCCCUCUGCUGUGCCCUGAGCUCCAGAAAGAAAUCUUGGACUCUCUCUAUGCCCUCAACGGAAUUGCCUUCAAUCUGGACCUGCAGCGACCAGACCUGGAUGAAGAUUGGCCCAUGUUCUCAGAGUCCCGCCGCUCCAAUCCCAGCCGGACCCAGGAAAGAAGACCCAGAAAGCCCGAAGGUUUCCCAAAGGAGGUGAGCUGCUCCAGAGGACAGCUACAGGGACCAGACGCCCAUGGAACCAGCUGUCUGCAAGAUCCACCCAAGGAAGACCGCCAACAUGACCUCCCUACCCCCUUGCAGCAUGGCCAUCUUCCCACCUCUUUGCAAAAGAAGAGAGGGGAUUCCAGGAGCCUCAGUUGUCCCCAUAGCAUUCGAGAAACAGAAGGUGAGGAAUUUCAGCUAGACCAGAAGGAGGGAGGCCCAAAGAACAGAAAAUCCCCAAAUAAUUCAGCAGCGAGCAGCCAGCGACAGUGAGCUAAGGAGGCUCAAAAGGAGGUGACAGGAAUAGAAAAUGGAGGCACAGGAAGUCUGACAAUGACAGAAGACCAGAGAACAACAGAAGGGACCCAGGAAAGGGAAGCAGACUGGGACCAUGACCAAGGACUGGUGAACCCCAGCCUUCAAGGAAGGAUAGACGACAGAGCAUUCAGGAACAGGCAGGGGUGGGAUCAGCCUAGUGUUCUAGGGCAGCUCUGUGUCCUGCAAGGCCUGGGAAUAAAGGAAGACUCCUCCACAGAGAAGCCACCAGAGUGGACAGGACUGACCAGUGUGAGCAGGCAGAAGAAUCGAGCAGAAGAGCCAUUGCAGGAGGUGGCCAAGGACCCCAGGUAUGAGCUCCAGCUGGCAAAGGAACAGGCCCAGCACCAGGAGCAGCUGCUGCAGGCCCAGGAAAGAGAGCUGCAGACACUCCAGGAGCAACUCAGCAGGUGUGAGGCAGAAAGAGCCCGGUUGCAAAUGAUGCUAGAACAGAAGCAGCAGGAGGCUGAGAGAAAGGACGCCAUGUUUGAGAAGGAGCUGGAAGGGCAGAGGGACCUGGUCCGGGCCAUGAAAAGGAGAGUGUUGGAACUGAUUCACGAGAAGGACCACCAGUGGCAGAGGCUCCAGCAGCUGUCUACCGUGGCCGCUGGACACUGUGCAGCCUGCAACAAGGUCUUCAGGCGUCUGUCUCGGCGCUAUCCCUGCAGGCUCUGUGGAGGCCUGGUGUGCCACGCCUGCUCUGCAGACUACAAGAAGAGAGAGCACUGCUGCCCAGCCUGUGCCCAGCGGGAAGAAAUCCAGAUCAGCUGACCAGUCACAAAAGGAGCCUAAGACAGCCACCCCCUCCACCCCCCAGCUCACUCCCUCCCUGAAGUAUGGCCAUGCUUUUCUUCUGGAAGCUGGUGAGCCGAGGCACCAGCAUAGCUGUGAGGGGUAGGAGAGGACUUAGUGCUGGCCGUCCACAGACAGACUUAGCUCUGCCUUCCUGUGGAAGAGGCUGAAUGGAACAUGCCUCAGCUCUAGAUGCUUGCAUCUGAUGCAAGGAAGACAGGCUAUGAACCCUUCGUAAAGUUUUUAGAGGCACAGUGAGUCCGUGACCAUGAAUAAGAACAGCCCAAGCCCAGCUGUUUCCUAUCCACACUUCCCUCCCCCAACCCCUCACAGGAAGUGAAGCCCAAAUACACUGGGCUUAGCAAUCUCCCCCUCCAAUCUAUUUCAGGGAUCAUUGGUUUGUUUCAUUUUUCAUAGAUUUACAGGGGUACUGUUGACGUAUAAUAAACAUUGCAUAAAUUUGA